AUCGAAUUACUUGAUUUUGGCGCAAGUCGGGAUUUCGGUGAACAAUUCAUAAAUUUGUACCGGGAAGCGCUAAAAGCCGCGGUAAAACAAGACUAUGAAGGAUGCAUUUAUUAUUCCGAACAAUUAGGAUUUUUGACUGGAUUGGAAACCGAGGUUAUGAAACGAGCACAUGCUGAAUCAAUGAUGACAAUCGGUGAACCUUUCGCUCGUCCAUUGUACGAUUUCUCAACACAAACAGUCACAGAUCGCGUUCGUAAUUUGAUUCCAACCAUGUUGAAGCACCGUUUGACCCCUCCCCCUGAUGAGACUUAUAGCCUGCAUAGAAAAUUGUCGGGCGCGUUUUUGUUAUGCGCAAAGAUGGGUGCCAAGAUUAGAUGUAAAGAUAUUUUUGAUGAAAUUGUGGUUUAUGGGAGGAAUGUUGCUUCCGCUCAAUAA